AUGGACAGGGUGCGCAAAUUGGAAAAAGAGGCGAUGGAGGCAAGGGAGAGAUUUACAAGUAACAUACGAUCAACCAUGUCAAGAUAUAGUGUUACUGUGCCCUCACCAUCAAAAACAGUCAUUAAGAAGAGAGAAAUUAGAAGUCCAGGAGUUUUGGGAAUUGGGAAACGCUCGAAAGCCUCAGAGGAGACAGAGACAUCUACUAUGUUAGUACCGAUUCGAAGAGUGACACCUCAAAAACUAAAGCCUCUUGCCCCCUUUAUCGUAGGCAGCAUCACAGGAUCACAACCACCCCUGUUGCUUGGAGAAGAAUCCUGGAAGAAACUUUUACAGGUAUUUGCAAUUUUUGUGUAUGUUAACAGGUCCCAGACACUGGAUACAGUGUUGUCUCUAUUGCACCAAAGACAGAGAGACCAGGUUGUACUGCACUAUCCAAGUGGGAGAAAGUCGUCAAUCAUCAAAGAGGACACCCACCAACAGAUAUGCAAAGCUAUAGCAAGAGGAGGAAAUACAGAAACUGUCAUAGUUGACAUUCUGCGGAAGUCUAGUCCAUUGGAAUUGGUACGCGGCUCUCAAAAGAUUGUGCAGGAGGAAUGUAAAGCAAUUUGUAAGAGGGGAUCGGGCAGUCUUCUACAAAAGAAAAGCAAUGCAGACUUUUUCAGUUUCCGGUGGGAAAAUUUACACAAACAACUUGAAACAAUGUGCCCAGCACUACUGUCAAUCAUUACAGCUACCGUUUCAGACAUACCACCUGUUAUUGGAAGCAAACCAUUUCUCCAUGCCCUACAAACUGUAGGUAUUGCACUACAUGGAAGAAGCCAAGAGAUGACAGUUUUGCAGUACAUGAAUGGAUUUCUGCUAAAUCAUGGUGGAUGUACACAGCGGGACAUUGAACGACUGUCACAUAUAGGAUUGACUGUCCACCCAUUGACUUUGAAGAGAAAGCUUUGUGACUGGCAAAAAAUACUGGACAAAGAAAUUUUAGAAAUCCGUGAUUCUUGGGUUGAAGGAGGAAAUGUAAAAUACCAAAUAAUUGGGGACAACUGGGACAAAAACAUCCUUCCAUCGUAUAGAACGUCUGACAGGAAAACUCUCUCUCUUCAUCUCUUUCACGUUUAUGCCAUCCUGGACAGAGUAAUUCCAACUGAACACAGCUCCCACAGUCCUCCUUCCCAUGAAAUUGAAAUUUCAACUUUUCUUCCAUCCAUUGAAGACCAACAGAAACUAAUGAAGGAACUAACAUUUCUCUUCUCCACUUCUGUCAUUGAAAAUCAUCCCCACUUGCAGAAAGAAUAUGGAAAAAUUUAUCCAAAACAUUUAGAGCAUAAAUAUUCCUACUGUGCAGGAAACAAAACUAAACAAUACCCACUUGGUCUUUUCGACUGCAAUGAAAAUAAGACACCAGAAUUGAUACGUCUUUUGAAGACCUUGUCUACAUAUGUUCCUUGCAGGGAUGGAGAAGUUGUGGAACCUGUAUUUUUUGGAGGCGAUAGGUUAACUGAUGAACGGGUGCAAGCAGCCCAAAAGGCCAUGAAUAAUGCUGAAACACAGCUUCAAAGACUUCAAGGCUUUGUCUCAAAAAUUGAAGACUUUCACAGAUUGAUGAAUUUCCUAGAGGCCAUACACAAGCUCACUUAUUCAACCAAUAGUGCUAUGGACCGAGGCACAGUAUACUAUUACAGAAAUUUCCUGAACAUGAGAAAUGUCAAAGGUCAUGUGUAUAAUGCAUACCGAGCAUACAAGAUGUUGUAUUAUGUGAUCCUGGAUGCCAUCUGUUUGCUGCUUUUUCUACAUCACAUGGGUGUUUCAGACAUUGACCAAGAAAUAGAUCUGCCGUCCAACUUUGCAGUAUUGUCAAACAGAGAAAAGAUAGAGUACAUUGAUUCAGUGAGUGAAAACAUUUUGAGGAAACAUUUCUUUGACAACACUAAUGACAUAUUCCAAAAUGUUCGAGAUAUUGUGUGUGAUCCACAGCAUCCUGAAAACUAUUGGACAUCAACACGAGAGGAAGGGAGAUUUAAGUGCCACCACUGUGAUAAAACCUAUGCGCAUGUUGUGUCAUUGCAAACUCAUGAACAAAAAAUCCAUGAUGUUCAUAUUGCCAAACCAUCGAAAAAACCAAAAAAUAAAAACCAAGACCAAAUGCAGGAUUACCUGAUGAUGCUUUUCAAACUUGUAAUUUUGCACAAGAAUUUGGAUACUUCUGUGGACAUGGGGGAUGGCGAAAGGGCUGUGCGAUCCGCAAAAUAUGAACUACCUGUAUACCAUCUCACUAACAAAGUGAAAUACGCUAUUGGUUCUAUUCAUUUAACAUCUCUAACAUCUGGCAUUCUCUGUGAUAAUCAAAAGGAACGCCUAAUUGCCAAUCGCUUUGUCAAUUUGCAAGGAGGAAAGAACAACAAUGUGUCCUUAGAUGAAUACCUUGAGAUGUUGAAUAGAGAUAGUAAAAUUGCCUGCUCUGGUCACAAAACAAAGGAAAGUAUCCUCGCCCACUCAAAGGAAUAUCCUCAUUUAAUAAACUUAGUCGGCCAUUUUGACAGCAUUACUGAGAUCAGAAAGAGAAAGGGCUUCCAUCACAUUCCCAGUUACAAGGGUGAUGUAUUAAAGGUGUUCAAAGAUUUACAGGAAGCAAAUGUGAUGACCCUCAUUCCAAAGCGUACAUUUAAGUGUCAAGGUUUCACAGUGGAUAGGAACCCCUUCCAGAAUUCAUUUGUUGGAUUAUCAACUGUGAUACACCGACAUAAGCCAAGACAACCUUUUAUACGACUAAGAGAUCCACAUGUUUAAAUUGAGAACUGAUAUGACACAGUGCUAAGUUUGUGCAUGUUAUCAGUUCUUUUGUAUGGUAACUUUCUGUUUAUUCCUUUCAAUGCUAAGUUCAAUCACCCUGUUGUACAUCAUUUAUCGUAUAGAAACAAAGUCGUAACAAACUUACAGAAUCAGUGAAGAACAAUUCAUUAAAACCAAACCUUGUCGCAAAUUUCCUCUUAUAGGGGAAUAAAUAGCACGUCACACUAAGCAUGAAUUUGUUUUUAAGCAUGUUUUACUGUAUAGUACAUUUUUUAAUGUGCUCAUUGAAUAGUGUAAAGAUAAUUAGCCAUUGUUACAGUAAACCAUUUAGUUUUCCUUUGAUGCAUGUUUAAGUAUAGCAGGCUUAUCGAUGCACACGCUAGUAUCAUACACCGGGACUUAAUAUCUAAUGGUUCUGUAACUUAUCUCAAUUCGUAAGAGUAUUUUGAUCGCUUUUCAAGUACAGAUAUAACACGGUUUUGCUUUAAUAAAUGUGAUACAUCACAGUGCAGACAGCAGAGAUUGUGCAGAUGUGACCAGUUAACUUGUACAACAUAUUGCAAAAGUUAUUUAAGCUAAAAUAAAUGGUUCAAGUGUCA